GGGGCCCUGAAAGCAGCAUUUUACUCCGCAUCAACCUGCCCGGCUCGGUGGCGUUUGACGUUAAUUAGCCGUUCGUGCGCCUCUCGGUCGACCAGGUGCGCGUCGACGUGUCCUGUCUUUUUUUAUUUUUAUUUUUUGGUCAACCGACGAAGCCUCCAGAUGACAGACGAAACGCCCGGGUGACUGUAACGUGUCUCCCGAAAGCCAAACCGACUUACGUUACGUUACUGGCGGUAAGGUCAACAACAACAACCACAAGAACAGCCGAGCUAACGGCAACCCGACAUCUACAGGGGAAGACAAGUUCUGCAUCGGGACACCAGCAGUCCCUUCCAUCCCUCUCCAACAACCCACCCGUCUCCAUCCUUUUGAACUACCAGCAGCUGCGCUCACCUCCCGGUGUAGACGCUGCCAUGGCCUCGGCGCCGUCGGAGCAGUCCAGCGUCCUCCAAGACGAGCUCACGUGCCCGGUGUGCCUGGACUUGUACCGCGACCCCCACCUCCUUCCGUGCGGCCACAACUUCUGCAAAAUCUGCCUGGACCGCCUCAAGCGGCAAGCGGACCGGGGCCGCUUGCGCUGCCCCGAGUGCCGCGACAGCCACCGGUGCGGCACCAACUUUCAGAAAAACUUCAAACUGGCCAACAUCGCCGACGACUACCGGCGGCGGCGCAGAGCGACCGCCGCGCCUUCGAGAUCCAAAGAGCCGUCGCCGACGCCGUGCUCGCUGUCAGUGCAGCAAGCCAGACGUCCGUGUGCCGUGCCGUGUGACUACUGCCCCUCAGCCGCCGCCGCCGCCGCCGCCGCCGAGGCGUCGGGCGUCAGCGUCGUGGCGGACGGGUCGUCUGCGGCCGCCGUCUCUCAGGAAGGCGGCGUACAGCGCGAAGCCGCUGCUGCGUCCACGUUCGCCGUCAAGACGUGUCUGAAGUGUGAGGUGUCGAUGUGCCAGGAGCACGUGAGGGCACAUCUGGAGCUGCCGGCGUUCCGCGAGCAUCCGCUGACCGAACCGAUGAACGACCUCUGGAAGAGGAAGUGCCCGGACCACGAUGAGAUCUACAGGUAUUACUGUUUGGAUGACAGGAUGUGCGUGUGCAACGCGUGCAACAUAGAAGGAGGACAUUCAGGACACACAGUCAAGACUCUGAAAAACACAAUGAAAGAUCUAAAGGGCUCGCUGGAUAAGCAGCUGUACAGUAUAGAAAGGAAGUACAGUAUGGCAGAGAAGAAGCUCCAGGAGCAGAAGGAGAAGGAGAGGCAGAAUAAGAAGUUCCUGGAUGACUCUGAGCAGUGCUUGACCCGGAUGGGCGAGGAGAUGAAGGCCAAAGUACACCGCUUCGUCUCCAGGUUGCGAGACUGCGCGCGCAAUCAUUUUGACACAAACGGGCCGGCCAUUCAGAAGAACAUCUCCAGGAUCUGCCAGGACCAGGCCCGUCUCCAGGAGGUCCGCUGCGGCAUCGAAGGCCUCAUGCAGGAAAACGACUCUUUCCGCUUCAUUGAGGCAUACAAGACAACGGGAAAACAGUGCCGCAAGCAGCUAAGAAAAAACAUGUUCUACCCGGAGUACGUGGACAUGGAGACGGAGGUUCUGGGUGUGAUGAUGGAAGAAGAGAUGAGGAAGUUCCUCGAUGAAGAACUACCGUGUCACAUUGUUUCUGCCAUCAAUUCCCUCUAUAUCCAGGAAGAGGGGCAGGAGGAGAAUGAGGAAGAGGCUGCGGAGGAUGACGAUGACGACCUUGAUAACAGCAGCGUGGAGGAAAUGAGGAGCGAUGGGGAGGUGGAGGAGGAGGACGACGAUGAGGAGGAGGAGGAGGAGGACGACGACGACGAUGAUGACGACGACGAAGAGGAAGGCCGCGGUGAGCUAAUCCUAACCCUGGAUGAUGGUCUUUACAGCCCAGAAGAGGAAGAGGAGGAAGAUGAUGAAGACGACGACGACAACGAAGAAGAUGAAGACGAGGAAGAGCAAGGAGUUUAACUGAGGAUUUGUACACUGCUAUUAAGCCAUUUGGGCCAGAUGUUUAGGGUGCGACAUGCGUUUUGCUGUCUUUGAAUGUCCAUGUACAGUUCAGGACUCCAGCAGCUGCCACAAUCUGCCUCGAAUCCCCCAGCGACACCGAGACGACACACUGGAUGGUGAUGGAUUCAAACUGCACCAAGAAGCUUCUGAACUUGUGACUACGGUGCAAACCUCUGCAUGUCUUUGAUGCCUCAUUUUCUACCACUUUGCAGAAAAAUAAAUGGAAUUUGUCUCAAACAAAUUAAAUUUGUUUUGACAACGUUCCCAAUGCAUUUUUUUUUAUGGGACAGGUGCUGGGCAGAUAUCUUGUGAUUAGACCGUCACCAUAGAAAGCCUUUUGAGCUGCAGCCGUAAACCGGUGAACAUGUUAGAUUGUUAUUGUUUCAUUCAUGCUACAGAUGCAAGCCAAAGAGUAUGGAUGUGUGUGAUUGGGUGUGUGGGUACUUUAAAAUGUUUGGUUUGCUUGGCAUGACAUUAGAAAAAGAAUGUUUUAAAAAGAAUAUGUUAACAGUUAACAGUCUACAAAGGCGACAUGAUGGCUUUGCUUUUCCUAGUUGUGCUUUAAAAGCAGUUAAUGGAUUGUUUAAAAAGAUUUCCUAUGCACAGUUCAUACAUUAUUCUUAAUAUAUCUGUUUCCGGUUGUGAGGAAUUUUGCACUUUACUACAAAAAUGCUAUCUGAGACCCGAAAUGUAUGAAUGUCAAGUUAUUUGAUUUUGAUACAAUUGAUUUUGUGAGGGGCCAAACUGAAAUAUUAAUAAUAAAGCCUGUUGA